CUCUAGCGAUUCUUCUUGUUCUCGCCUGAUCUCGAAUGGCCCGUUGAUACACCGUCUGUUGGCUGUAUCUGUCCGCCCAUUUACCCUCAGCCCACCUUCAAAACUGGAAUGGAAACACCCCUCUAGUCAGAGACAAUACGCUCGUCUCGCUCCGCCGGCCCACUGUGCCAUAAUGCCAUGACCACCACACAUCACCCGUCAUUAUCCUCUUCAGUAUCGUUAUUUCCCAACAGCUUGGGCUCCUCCAUGGUCUUGAUCAACAUUAUCGCCGUCGCGCAACCAUGGGAGUAGUCGUUGCGCUCUGGCAAGUGGCCGUAGACGUGACGCACUUUUGGCAGCAUAAACUCCGCGCCUGGUACACACGUAAGACUCCCGUCGAACUAUGGCUCGAACUCCUCCGCCAUGCCGAAGCCUUUGAGGACUGGGAAGAGGCGGCGCUGCAUCUGGAUAACUUGCUUGGACUGGACUUGUGGAGGAAUAACCCAACGUCCAAGUUCUACGACUACCGCCUGAUCAACGAGCGCCUCAACUCCUUGAUCACUGCGAGGGAAGAUGGCAACCUUAAUCAGCUGGUCAACCUGCUCCGCUCCGGCCUGAUCCGGAACUUGGGCAACAUCACUGCUCCUACCCUUUACAACCGGUCCUUCGCCGGCACCAAAUACUUGAUCGAAGAAUACAUUACACAGAUCGCCGAAGCAGUGGAGGAUAUCACACAUCUACCAACGACGCCAGUGUCCGAUUCUUAUGGAGCUCCGGUUGGGUUGACCAACCAGAUGAAGUUGGAUUUCAUCCACGACACUCGACAAGCCUUCGGAAGAAGCACGCUUGUUCUUCAGGGUGGUGCUAUUUUCGGAGUGUGCCAUCUCGGUGUCGUGAAAGCGUUGUUUCUCCGAGGUCUGCUCCCACGAAUUAUUACUGGAACCGCGACGGGCGCCCUCAUAGCCGCUUUGGUGGCCAUCCACACCGAGGAGGAGCUUCCCAACGUGCUCAAAGGGGAUGGCAUUGAUCUGUCCGCGUUUUCCGGCAAGUUUAAGGCCGAAAAAGGUCUACAAAAAGACCAAUCCUACGCGACGAGGUGGAACACGCUCCUGAGAAGACUAAAAAGGUUCACUCGUGAAGGCUACUUUCUCGACGUCAAGGUCUUGGAGGACUGCGUGAGAGCCAAUGUUGGCGACUUGACAUUCGAGGAGGCAUACAACAGAAGCAAGAGGGUUCUAAACAUCACUGUUGCUACGGCUGACCAAGGGGGCGUUCCGACACUACUCAACUAUCUGACGGCACCGAACGUGCUUAUAUGGACAGCCGCAGUGGCUUCGAAUGCCUCCACACCCAGUCUUUACGGCCACCGCGAGACGACAGUGCUCUGUAAAGAUGCGCAUGGAAACAUCGUACCUUGGGCGCCGGCGAACACGAUCGACUUCCACCAUUGGACACAUGUUUCGUAUUCGGAACGCGAGUCGCCACUCCUCAGGAUCGCCGAGCUUUUCAAUGUGAACCACUUCAUUGUCAGCCAGGCCCGCCCCUACCUCAUUCCCUUUUUACAGAGCGACAUGCACGGCCCGUCACUCAUGGAGACGCGUAAUAGCACGACGUCAAUUACGGCCUUUUUGGCCCGCAUGGUGGGAUUGGAGAUCAGGCACCGCUUACGCCAGCUUGACACGUUACGUCUUCUACCGGCAGGUAUACGUCGCUUCCUUGUUGACGAACAAGUGCCGGGGGCGUCGAUGACUCUGGUCCCCGAGGUGUCAGCUGGCGACUUUGUACGCUUGCUCGAGACGCCGACAAGGGAGACGCUAGAUUACUGGAUUUCGAGGGGCGAGCGGAGCGUUUGGCCUGCCGUUGCCGCGCUUCGGAUUCGCUGUGCUGUCGAGAACGAGCUGGACAGGUCAUACCAGACCGUCCGCAGAUUGAAGGCGGGUGGUCUCCGGAGGAAAGGUUCAACAGCAGCGGCAGCGCCAUUGGACAACAGCAACAAAGAGCGAAGAGCAAGCAGCUUGGGGGCUGCAUACUGAUGGUGCCGACCGGAAGCAGGCUGCACGCUGCAGCUGAUCAAUCCCAUGCCACCCGAGGGUCGAACCCUGAGGCCUCGGGUGUCAGCCCAAAUGCAUGCGAAUCCCGCGUUGACGCUCGACGGUACUGUAUCAUCCACACAAGGCACACUGUAGCUUGGGGGAGUGGCUCAUUUACAAAUUCAUGCCAGCCUCGUGGUUGGUCAGGGCGAGACGGUCACGAUCAAUGAACGGCGUGGCGUUUUGGGGUCCGAAGAUGAUUACGCGGUAACGGGGAGGCGUGGGGAAGACAUACCGGUUGUCAAUGAACGGCCAAGGUGUU